UUCGUCCUGCAGCCUCCUGUAGACACGACACAUUCUGAUUCUACGCGAUGUUGCGCCUUCGCUUCGUUGUCCUUCUCGCUGCCUGCGUCGUGGCAGCCAUGGCGAGCCACAAGUGCUCUCGUUACUGCCAGACUCCGGGGAAGACUCACGUGUGCUGUGAUCCCCCGCCUCCCCCCCGCUGCCCCAACCCGCUCCGUGCUACGACUUCUUCGAGUUCAUCUACUGCUACCACGAUGACCAGUGUCCACCGGGCCAGAAAUGCUGCACAGACGGCUGUUCCCAAAGGAAAAUUUGUGUGCCCGUCUGAGUCAUGCCCCAGCGUGUGCAUGGCGCAUGACACGAACUCUGAACCGACUGUUGAAGAACUGCGUGCAUGA